AUGACACCAACUCCUCAGCAGGAUUAUGUGAACACGGAAGUUAGCCUCCAACCAUGGUACAUGGGCGAUUUGGAACGUGCUGAAUCGGAAGCGAAACUGCGUGGGACACCAAAUGGGACAUUCCUUGUGCGAUACAGCAAGAACCGAAGGAGCUACGUAAUCAGUAUAAGCUAUGAAGGCGAAGUGAAACAUACAGUUGUCGAGCAACGGGACAACAGUAUCUAUUAUCUGGACGAGGGAUACGUGUUCCACAAAUGUUACACUGUUGGUGAAUGUCAUUGUUUAGGAGCUGGUGAACUACACUACAGGGAGAAUAAUCUAUGCGAAAGUUUCAACUCUCUCAACACGACUCUGAAAAACGCUUACCGAACGUGCAAGCUUUUUCGAGUUCUCCAUGAUUUUGAUGCUACUGAGCCGAAAUUUUUAACACUACGUAAGGGUGACCGCCUUACGCUCGUAGACGUGAUUGGUGAAGAUCGUGGAUGGUGGAAAGGUCAAAUAGCCGACCGGAUCGGCUUCUUUCCACUGAGCUACGUGGAACCGUGGAAAGACUAG